UUUGGCCUUUCACGGCCAAUUCAACAUUAUGCGUCGGACACAGGAAGUCGGACCAAGAAACCACUCUGAUUGGCUGUUCAGCUAGCGAAUGAGAAGCGAAACGGAAGUGAGGGACGUAAACAAACUAUUUAAGAAGGCACACACACAGACGGCUAUUCAUUUUCAUCUCAUCGGUUUAUUUGUCAUCAUGGCGAUCUGGAAUGAAGGAAACGAAGAACUGCUCAUCACCUUGAUCGAGGAGAGGCCAGCUCUGUACGACAUUACAGAGACAAAUUACUCGAACCGAGUAGUGAAAACCGGACUCUGGCGAGAGAUUGAAUCUCAACUUGGUUUCUCAGAGAAAGCGCUGAGGAAGAAGUGGGAUUCUCUACGAACCGAGUACAGACAGCUGCGGAUCAUGACCAGGCUGCAGUUUUUAGAGCCCUACACAAAAAGGAAGGAGAGUACUUCGAACCUCACCAUCACGGAACGUCUGGUGGCUGCAGAAUCACCCCCCGGUGGCACCAGCAGUGACACCAGCAGUGAAACCUCGACCAGCACCACUGAGGAGUCCUUCCACUCUGAUGCUGAGCCGACACCGCUCAGAAAGAGGCCAUGCACACUCAGUACUCGAAGGCCUCCGGCAAAGCGCAGGAUGAUGCAGGAGGAGUCCGUCGUUGAGGCGUCAAAAACAUUGCUGGAGAGGAUAACAAAAACUCUGGCACAGUUGGCCCCGAGUGGACCUGAUGACAUACUCGCGGCCCAUGCCAAAGUGUUUGAGCACAGACUGCGGCUGUUGCCACCUCAUCAGAUUAGACCCUUCCUGAUUUGCGUGGAAAAUUGCUUCUUCGAGCACUUAGAGAAAAAUCAAACCUAGUCAUUUCACUUGUCUCUAGACAGUUGUCUUCACAUGUGACUCGUUUUUUAAAAGUUCACUCAUUUUUAAAGAUGUGGCUAAUUCUUUUUACAGACAGUUGUGGCAAUAACAUUUUUUUUUGUUGUAUUGCAUAGUAUUUUUAUUGUAUUGUAUUUUUGUUAAUUGUUUACUUUUU